AUCAGCCGAGCACAGAGAUUUCGGAAGAAUCUCCCAAAACACAAAGAUCCGAACGGAGCAAAGCAGGGAGGAAACGGAGACCGCCCCCUACGACGGUAAGCUUCCUUGCUUCCUCUAUGUAUUCGUUCUCCCACGGCAUUUCCUUCUCUUCUCCUACAUUCAUGGUGACAUUAAUCUCUCUGUUUUCUUGUUGUUUGGUUGCUGGGAAAAAUGUGAGGAAGGCCAAGUAACGACUUAAAUUGGGGCAUGCGGCUUGAUAGAUCACCCCUAUUGGAUCUAGAUUUCCCGCCUUUGAUAUCAUUUCACGUUUCUAUGGUUUUCACAUUGUAUAUAACCUGAAUUAUCUAUGGAAAUGCAGUGCUAAUAAAGAUGGAGAAAAAUUUUCUGCUGGUAGAGCUAGUUUAGUAGUUUAUUGGGUUAUAUAGAUUGCACUGGCUUGUGGUAUUAGAAAAUUCGAGUUGCUGCUAAAGUAGAUUGUGGGAUUACUUUAUUUUUUGGAAAUAGAUUGAUUGAUGGAGGGCCUAGCAAUAUCACGGGUCAUCCGGGUUUGUGCUCGAUCUAGAAGGAACCACUCUACUUUUCUCCCUGGAAAUCCCCUUCAGUUACAGAGAACCUUUUAUAGAGGUGAAGUUCGGAUGAUGAUGAACCAUCCCAGGUCGUUGAAUUUGGCUUUGUCUUCUGUUCAGCCAUUAGAUGCCUGGCCUACAGGCCACUCUGACAACACAUUGCCUUCCAAAGAAUUUGGGACUUGAGGAGCUGAUCAAGAGGAAAGGAACUCUGGGGAUUGGAGUUUAGAUUGAUGUUCAAAGAAUGGAAGGCUCCUGUUAGAGGUUCUUGAGCUGUGGAAAAAUGCUGAUGCUGUAUGCUUCGAUGUCGAUAGCACGGUGUGUGUGGAUGAGGGCAUUGAUGAACUUGCAGAAUUCUGUGGAGCUGGAAAAGCUGUUGCAGAAUGGACUGCUAGAGCAAUGGGUGGUUCAGUUCCCUUUGAGGAGGCCUUGGCUGCUAGAUUGUCUUUGUUUAAACCUUCCCUAUCCCAAGUCCAGGAUUUUCUUAAGAGGCCCCCAAGACUUUCUCCUGGCAUAGAGGAGUUGAUCAAGAAGCUGAAGUCUAAGAAUACAAAUGUCUAUUUGAUUUCCGGUGGCUUUCGUCAAAUGAUCAAUCCUGUUGCAUCAAUCCUUGGAAUUCCACAAGAAAACAUUUUCGCCAAUCAACUGCUCUUUGGAAGUUCAGGGGAGUUUCUGGGUUUUGAUGCAAAUGAGCCCACUUCAAGGAGUGGAGGAAAAGCCACUGCAGUUCAACAUAUACAAAAGGUUCAUGGGUACAAGGCAUUAGUUAUGAUUGGUGAUGGUGCUACUGAUCUUGAGGCCCGUAAACCAGGAGGUGCUGACAUAUAUGUUUGCUAUGCCGGUGUUCAACUGAGAGAAGGCGUUGCAGCCAAAGCUGAUUGGCUGGUUUUUAAUUUCAGAGAUCUGAUAAACUCCUUGGAGUAGAUUGUCACCUUAUUUCUCUACAUUUUUGCAUUAUUUGUUCUCUGGAAUGUUUUGUUUUUCUUCUUCUUCUUCAUCUUCUUCUUCGUCUUCUUCUUCUCCUUUUUUGCAUUAUUUUCUUGAAUGUUCAAGUCAUGUGCAUCGGGACACAUAUAUUCUCAUUAUUGUAGAAUUUUUACCCAUUGCAAUUUGCAGAAAAUGUAUGAAACUCUAUAUAGGAGAGAAGAAUAAUAAGCAUUACAUGUCUAUGUCGGAUGUGAAUAGCAAUUUAUUGUAUCCAUUUUUAGUUUUGCUUCUUCCGGAGCAAAAAUGCUACAAAACGCUAAGUUUGUGUUUGGAUGAAGGAUUUGAAGUGGAGAUUUCAUAAGUAUGUGAAUGAAGGAAUUUUCAAAUU